AUGCUGCAGGGGGCGGGGCCUCUGGCGCAGCCACCCUUUUCCGUCCCGUUAGAUGCCUGCAGCCUUGACCAGCAACAGCAACAGCAACAGCAGCAGCUGGGUUGUACACCUCAACAACACCAGCCGUUGCAACAAGAAUGCAACAAGAGAUCAGAAGAGGAGACACUUUGGGAAGGGAGGGGCUCCUGCGGCAAGAGCUUUCCUUACUACGCCAACAACAGCAACAGCAGCAACAGCAGCAACAGCACCAUUAGCGUCCGGCGCACCGCUGGGAAGUCACAAAGCCGGGAGUAUGGACAGGGCGAGAUAGCGUUAGUAGACAAGUGUAGAGAGCAACAACCUGCGACACAGCCCGCACAAACACACUUGCUGCAACAAGAGCUGCAGCAAGAACUGCAACGAGAACUGCAGCAAGAUCUGCAGGGAGAGCUCAAGCAGAAGGCGGAGCAGCGAGAAGACGAUGCUUUUUCUACUUUUGUGCCUUGGCCUGGGCGUACGAGCAGCUACAGGCGGCCAGCAGCAACAGCACCAGCAGUAACGGGAGCAGCUACAGCAUCGACACCAGCAGCAGCAACAGGGGAGUGUACGGGUACUUGGAAGCGUGAGUUUGAGUUGCUGCAGCAGGGAUUAGCAGCAGCAGCAGUAGUCAGCAGCAGCAGCAGCGGGCGCAGCAGAAACGAGUCAUCUGUGGGCCGUGCAGUGCGGCGGCAGGCGUCGAGGCUGAAGCGGCUUACAGCCAAUUUCUUAACUCGCUCUCUAUCAAGCACGUCUGCGGGUUCAGCAAUGGCGAGGGGCUCCCCACACGGGCGUCCUCCUCCCCUGGAUAGCCGCGUCUUUGUCGGUGAAGAUGCACUGCUGGCUGAGUUGCCUCUCGAGGUGGAGGAGAGUUUGCUCGAUCCCUUCUUGUCUUGGUCCUGCACACAAAAUUCGAUAGAUAGGAGACGCAGUGGGGAGCUCGGCUUGCUGACGCUGCUCAAUCACUCCACUCCUCUUAAACUGGCUGUCCCCUUGGAUACAGACAGCAGCGGGCCUGCUGGUUCUGCGCCUGAUGCUGCUGCAGCUGCAACAAUGCCGCAAGCAUCAGCGGCAGCAGCGGCUGCGCCGGGUCCUUGUCCCUACAUACUACCCUUCGAAGAUAUCGUGAAGCAACUCGGCCCCCUGAUACCCAGGCCAUCCAGCAUCGAUGCUCCUGAGGCAAGGAGAAGCUUAGGGGAAACCGAAGUUGAAGCAAGCACAGGAGACGCAGGAACAGUUGCCCGUGUUGAUGCAGCAACAGCAACUGCUGCCGCUAGCGGCCUCGCAACACCGAGUAGCGCUCAUGUUUCUGCAUCAGCCCCAGAAUCUUCAGCUGAUCAGGGGAAUGCGGCUGUUAAACUUGAUACGGAAGCUGCUGCGGGCGAAGCAGACGGCGGAACGCUUGCUGCAGCACGCACACCUCUUGAUGUUGACGAUGCCGCUGGUGCCAGGGGCUCAACAGGAACAGGAGAAGCAUCAGCAGCAACAGCAGAGGAAACGAAUGCAGCAGAAGCGUCAUUGCAUGCAGAAGGGGCGGAAGAAGCAGGUUUAGCAAAGGUAGCAGUAGCAGCACUAGCACCGGCUCACGCAUUAGGAGCGGACUUUGACACAAAGAUAGCAACAUAUGCAGCAUCAGAAACAGCAGGAGCAAUGGAAGCAGCUGAACUUGCAGCAGAAGUGCCUGAAUUGACGGCAGCAAAAGCAGCAGAUGUAGAAACAGCAGCAGAGCCAACGCGCGCAGGCAUCGAUGCUGCAACAGAACCAGCUUUGUUAGCCAAGGGAACGGGAGAAGCAACAGAAUACGAAGAAAACUUCGCCGCCGAGAGUACGGGGGCCGGGUACUUACUAUCAGCAGCAGAAGUAGCCGACGCAGCAGCAGCACCAGAAGCAGUUGAUGCAGCCGCAGCCGAAGCAGCACAAGCACGAUGGGAAGGAUGGGAGGAGCCUCGUUCUGCUGCCAAAGCGCCGGAAGCAGCAUACGAGGGGACGUCGGAAGCAGCAAAAGCAGAAGAAGCAGAAGCGGCAGCAGAAGCAGCAGUGGAGAUAGCAGCAGAGGGGCGGUUUCUAGCCGCCAUAAGGGGGGAGGAGACUCCAUCAGCAUUGGGAGGCAUGCGCACUGAGUAUUGGGAACGAAACUUUCCAGCAGCAGCAGCUGCUGCAUCGGUAGGAGCAGCAGCAGAUGCAACAGAAGCUGAAGCAGCAACAGGCACAUGCAGCCCGAUGGGGGAUGAGUCGGGUGUCGAUGAAUUAUAUGGCAGCCGACUGACGACCAGCUCGCAGCCGUUGACUAGUCGAGGCGGCGAAGAGGACGCAGACACUCUGGAGGCGCGUCAGCUGCGGCUCGGCCUUUCCGCCUUCCCCGAGUGGCUGAUGCAGGUGGACGCCGACGCUGACGAGCAACGGCCAAAUCCCUACAAGGCCGUUCGUCUCAGAAAGUGUUGUUUGGUGCUGCCGUUGCUGUUUGGUGCUGCUGUUGGGGCAGCCAUUGGUGGGGACACAGCUGGUGGCUGUCUGGUGCUGCUGGUGCCUGUGCUGCUGAUACCUCUGGUGCUUAUGGUUGAUGGGCGCGAAGAUGGAAAAAGCGAUGAGGCGACGGCUCGGCGCAUCCGCGCUCGGCUCGACUGGAUGAAGAGCUGCGCAGCUAAGGGGAAGCAGCAGAGUCGGCAGGCGAAUACUUCGGACAGAGGAGCAGCAGUAGCAGCAGAUGCAGCAGCAGCUACACCGGAUGCAUUGAGCCAGUCGAAGAGCAGCAGCGUGUCCACAGCACCCGACGCAGUAUGGAGAAGGCGAGAGGCGCAGCAGCAACAAGGAAGGCGCGCGCAAGGCCCCCCAAGAAGCGGUCUUUGCAGCAGCGACCCGCAGCAUCCUGCGGAAGCCGAUGAUUUGGGCCCCGAGGGGCUCACAGCAUCUGAGGCCAAAGGGCAUUCAGUGGCGGCGCUGCGGGCGCUGUUCGAGCGAAGCCGCGCAGCCUGGUUUGAAGGAGAGCUGCAGCGCUUCUCGCAGAUCAGCGACACUGGGGACCCCACAAAGGCCAGCGGGGGCCGCUAG